AUGGUGCGGCAGAAGACAGCUGCUCUGCCCAUUAUCCCCCUUCCGAGAGGAAGCGUCCUCCUCCCCGGACUCGUCCAGAGGAUAAGCGUCACCUCUAGCCGACCCGACAUCCCUGCCCUGCUCGCCCAUGUCUACGAGAGUGCUGCCACACAGGGGCCCGAGUCCCGCGUAGACUCGGUCCCCAUUGCCUGCGUGCCGAUCGGCUCACCCCACGUGAGCCCCAACGGCCAGCUCCUCAUCAGCAACGGCGAGGAAGUCGACAGCUCGACCCUUGAUAACGUCAACCCCGGAAGCGCCAACAAGGCGGACCUCUACAACUUUGGUGUCGCCGCUCGCAUCGUCGGUAUCGAUGGCCGCGGCCAGGGCGAGUUCGCCUUGAGGGUCGAGGGCACCUCUCGCAUCAGGGUCGAUGACAUCAAGCAGGAUCGUCCUUUCUUUCACGGCGCCAUCACCUACUUUACUGAUGAGGUCAACGCAUCUGAUAAGCAGCUCCACGACCUCUUUGCUCUCCUCAAGACUCGAUCUCGUGAACUCGUCACCAUCCUCCGCAUAUCGGCCCUGCUUCCCAGGACCAAGGGCGGACCUCCCCUCUCUCCCUCGAUUACAAAGCGCCUAGAGAUGCUCAUCAUGCGGAGGGAGUUCAAGGAUGCCGGCCUCCUCGCCGACUUCAUGGCCAACCUGAUCGAGACGUCCCACGAAGAGAAGCUCGAGAUCCUGGCUGCUCUCGAUGUCAAGGUCAGGAUCACAAAGGUCAUUGAGCUCCUCGAACGCCAGGUCGGGGGCAUCAAGAACAACUUCAAGAUUACGACCUUUACCUCUGUGCCUAUCCAGAUCCUGGAUAGGCUCGACGAGAACCCUUCGAGGAAGCAGAACCAGCUGCCCAACAUCCCGGGAAUCACAUUCGUCUCUCAGCAGGGCCAGGCGGCCAACAACGGCGGCGGGGACGAUCAGAACAACGACCAGGACGCCAGCGAGCUGGAUGAGCUCAAGAACAAGCUGCAGCUGGCCAAGCUUCCGGCCGAGGCGUCCAAGAUGGUGGACCGCGAGCUGCGCCGUCUUCAGAAGAUGAUGCCCAUGAACCAGGAGUACCAGGUAACGAGAAACUGGCUCGAGAUCCUGUCCGAGAUCCCCUGGUCGGCCAUCACCGACGACCGGCUCGGGCCGGAUACGCUGAAGAAGGCUCGGAAGCAGCUCGACGAGGACCACUACGGCCUGGACAAGGUCAAGAAGAGGCUGAUCGAGUAUCUCGCCGUGCUCAGGCUGAAGCAGUCCAUCAACGACGGCCUGGAUGCGAAGAUCCAGAAGGCGCAGGAGGAAGGUAGCUCCUCCAACUCGGAGGGGCAGGACGGUGCCCAGGGCGCCGACUCGGCGGCCAAGCUGGAGAUGCUCAGGUCGCAGCGCAAGGUGGACAAGUCGCCCAUCAUGCUGCUGGUUGGACCGCCUGGUGUUGGCAAGACGAGCCUUGCCAAGUCGGUGGCCAACGCCCUCGGACGCAAGUUCCACCGCAUCUCGCUGGGCGGCGUCAGGGACGAGGCCGAGAUCCGCGGACAUAGGAGGACGUACGUGGCGGCGAUGCCGGGCCUCAUCGUCCAGGGCCUGCGCAAGGUGGGCGUGGCCAACCCGGUCUUCCUCCUGGACGAGAUCGACAAGGUGGGCGUGGCGAGCAUGCACGGUGACCCUUCGGCGGCGAUGCUCGAGGUGCUGGACCCGGAGCAGAACCACAACUUCCACGACCACUACGUCGGAAUGCCGAUCGACCUGUCCAGGGUGCUGUUCAUCGCGACGGCCAACUCGCUGGACACGAUACCGGCGCCGCUGCUGGACCGGAUGGAGACCAUCUACAUCCCGGGCUACACCACGCUGGAGAAGCGGCACAUCGCCAUGCAGCACCUGGUGCCGAAGCAGGUGCAGGCCAACGGGCUGGGCGUGGAGCAGGUGUCGUUCACGCAGGACGUGGUGUCCAAGAUUAUCGAGUCGUACACGCGCGAGUCCGGGGUCCGCAACCUGGAGCGCGAGAUCGGGUCGGUGUGCCGGGCCAAGGCGGUCGAGUUCGCCGAGGCCAGGGACUCGGGCAGCCUGGAGAAGUACAGGCAGGAGCUGACGGUGGAGGACAUCGAGAACAUCCUGGGCAGCGAGCGGUUCGAGGAGGAGAUUGCGGAGACGACGAGCCGGCCGGGCAUCGUGACGGGCCUGGUGGCGUACUCGUCGGGCGGCAACGGCAGCAUCCUCUUCAUCGAGGUGGCGGACAUGCCCGGCAGCGGACGGGUGCAGCUGACGGGCAAGCUGGGCGACGUGCUCAAGGAGAGCGUCGAGGUGGCGCUGACGUGGGUCAAGGCUCACGCGUACGAGCUGGGUCUGACGUCGGAGCCGUCGGCGGACAUAAUGAAGGAGAGGAGCAUCCACGUCCACUGCCCGUCCGGGGCGAUACCCAAGGACGGGCCCAGCAGCGGAAUCGGGCAGGCCAUCGCGCUCAUCUCCCUCUUCUCGGGGAAGCCGGUGCCGCCGACCAUGGCGAUGACGGGCGAAAUAUCUCUCCGUGGAAGGGUCACGGCGGUCGGGGGAAUCAAAGAGAAGCUGAUUGGCGCUCUCCGGGCCGGAGUCAAGACUGUCCUCCUUCCUGCUCAGAACCGAAAGGAUGUCAAGGAUCUGCCUCAGGAGGUUAAGGAUGGUCUUGAGAUUCUUCACAUCGGCCACAUAUGGGAAGCGAUUCGUCUGGUCUGGCCUGACUCUGACUGGGCGGCUGACAGCCACUUUGCUGGUAUUGAAAGCCGGCUGUAA